AUGUCUCUCGACUUUGCCCGUGCUGCUCUUGCUGAGCGCCGCCCUUCCUUCUUCCUCACGCUGGCUCCUGCUACUUCCUCUUCAUACCCGCACCCAGAGAGACGGCCCUCUGUCACAGAGGGUACGACGGUCAGGCCACGACGAGCCUCCAUCAGCUCUCCUACGGGCCUCCGGGUCCUGAAGCUGGCCCCCGUCUACUGCGGUGAACACAUUGGCCAGAACAAGGACGACUUCUACGACGUGCAAGAAGCCACGCCUCCUUCACCGGCUGUUGCCCCCUCUGCUUUCCUUUCUCUGGCACCGACCACCUCGUCAUCAUACCCCCAGAUGCCUGUCGGCAACCCUGCCGAUCUCCCUGAGAGGCGACGAUCCUCCUCCACUUCCACCACCGGCUUCAGGGUGUUGAAGCUGGGCCCCGUUUACUGGGGACAGCAUGCCGAUGAGCACAAGGACGACUUCCACGAUGUUCCCGCCUCUCCUUAG